CCGCGGCUCACUCAGCGCUCACAGCUCCCAGUUGACCCUGAAUGCAGCAUCACGUCACAGGUCAGCAGAGGCAGCAUGGCGGCGUCCAAGAAGGUGUUCGAGGUGUUCGUGUCCAAAGUGCCGUGGACGGUGGCCGCAAAGGAGAUGAAGGAGUACUUCGGACAGUUUGGCGCCGUGAAGAAGUGUCUGCUGCCCUUUGAUAAAGAAACUGGGUUCCACAGAGGGUUCUGCUGGAUUGGCUUUAGCACAGAGGAAGGACUCAACAACGUACUGCAGAAAGACCCGCACAUGCUCGAAGGAGUCAAGCUGCAGGUUCAGAGGAACAGACGUCCAUAUGGGGGGCAGAGGUCAAACAGAGACGUUGAAUACGACUGAAGCUGUGAAUGAGCUGCUGUUCUUCUUUUCCUGCUGCCGCCCUGGAGGACGUUACACUUCCUGUUUGAAUACCUUCACUGUCACAGUUUGAACGAGCUGUUGGUCAUCCUCUAUUUUUUGUUUCCUGUCCUGCAUGAAGCAGUUCAUGCUGAGCUGUACAGAUUCCCUCUGACAGGCAAUAAAGACACAAUUAAACUCA